AAGCAGCUUAUCUAUAAACGGAGCGAGGAUAAAAUAACCUUCAGACCCUGGUAGUUGUAAAUAUAUUGUUGUGUAAUUUAUUUAGGUAAACACUUUUGUAGUUUCUUUGACACAAAUUGAAUAAUAAAAGAUAGAAGGAUGCACUGGAUUUGCGAAGUUGUUACGAACGUAAUUCUCGUGCUGUUCAUAUGUUCUUUAUCGAUUUAUGCUUAUUUCUUAUAUUCCUACAAAUACUGGGCUAGAAGGAAAAUUCCAUAUCUCGAACCGAGAUUUCCUUAUGGCAAUCGACGCGAGCUUUUGUGUUAUACCAAAGGAUUUUGUUUGGAAUUGAUGGAUUUGUAUACACAAAUCAAAAACAGAGGAUGGAAAUUCGGAGGAUUCUACGGUGUAGUUUGGCCUAUAUUUAUGGUAACUGAUCCCCAAUAUAUCAAGGAUAUUCUUAAAAAGGAUUUUCAAUAUUUCAUAGACAGAGGUUUCUAUUAUCAGAAAUAUCAACCAAUCACCCACCAUUUAUUUAACGUUGAUGAAGUUCUAUGGAAAAACCUUAGAACCAAAUUAACACCAACUUUCACAAGCGGAAAAAUGAAAAUGAUGUUUCCGUUGAUAGUCCAAACAACCGAAGGACUUUUGGGAGCAAUAGAGAAAUCUAUAGAUAAAAAACAAGAUAUAGAUUCCAAAGAGUGUAUGUGUAUGUUCACGAUAGACGUGAUUGUAUCUUGCGCUUUCGGAUUAAACAGCGAUUGUUUUAAUGAUCCUAAUCACAAAUUUAGGCACAUAGGAAAGGAAAUACUGACAAGCCGUAAUAUAUUAGAGUCAUUUGCGCUUAUAAUUAGAAACUACGCACCAGAUUUAGCUCUAAAAAUGAGACUUCCCAGUACGAAGCCUGAAGCUUUGACAUUUUUCAAAGACAUAAUAUCUCAAACUAUACAGUAUAGAAAAGAAAACAAUGUAAAAAGAGAUGAUUUUCUGCAGCUUGUUAUGAAUUUGAUGGAAGAAACUCAAGAUACAGAUUUCCCUUUCACUUUAGAUCAACUGGUUGCCAACGUUAUUUUGUUUUUCGUUGCUGGUUUCGACACCUCAUCUUCGGCUUUGAACUUUUCAAUGUAUGAACUAGCAAGGAAUCAAGAUAUUCAAGAUAAAUUGAGAAAUGAAAUACAGGAUACGUUGAAAAAAUCGGAUGGAGAACUGACCUAUGACACACUCAAUCAAAUGUCUUAUCUUCAACAAGUCAUAGAUGAAAGUCUUAGGCUCUACCCAUCAGUUCCAAUUUUACAAAGAAAAUCUGUGAAAGAAUAUACACUUCGAGAUACUGAUAAGGUUUUAGAAAAAGGCACUUUAAUCACUAUACCGAUCAUUAGUCUUCAUAGAGAUCAUGAAUAUUUUCCGAAUCCGUUACAAUAUGAUCCAGAUCGAUUCAGUCCAGAAAAUAAACAUACUUUGAACCAAGAUUGCUAUUUACCAUUUGGAGACGGUCCUAGAAAUUGCAUUGGUUCACGAUUUGGACUAAUGCAAGUAAAAACAGGACUUGUUAGGAUAUUGUCAAAAUAUAAAGUGAACGUAAGUCCAAGUAUGAAGGUUCCUGUACAACUUGAUGAGAGAGCUUUCUUAAUACAAACUACAGAACCAAUAUUUUUGAGAUUUGAACGAGUUUAAUUUGAUUUUAAUAAAAAAAUUUACCCCACUAA